GUAACAAUUCUGUGUCCCUCAGUAACAAUUCUGUGUCCCUCAGUAACAAUUCUGUGUCUGUGUCUGAGUAACAAUUCUGUGUCCCUCAGUAACAAUUCUGUGUCCCUCAGUAACAAUUCUGUGUCCCUCAGUAACAAUUCUGUGUCCCUCAGUAAACAAUUCUGUGGCCCUAGUAACAAUUCUGUGUCCCUAAGUAACAAUUCUGUGUCCCUGAUUAACGUUUCUGUGUCCCUCAGUAACAAUUCUGUGUCCCUCAGUAACAAUUCUGUGUCUGUCCCUGAGUAACAAUUCUGUGUCCCUAAGUAACGUUUCUGUGGCCCUAAGUAACGGUUC